AUGAGAACCUGUCAUGUCCUCCUUUCAAUAUUUCUUUACGUCUCCCAUGUAUGUAGUGCUCUCAAAGUCAUAGUGGACCCGGACAGUCACUCGUAUCGCAUCGAUACGAAGCAUGAAACGGUCCUCGUCGGCUCGAACAUUGCCGUCUUUGUCGCCGGAAGAUGGUGCGUGCAGGGAGCAACGGAGGGCGAAGAGAACAUUUGGCCGAUGGAAUUGCAUAACAGCCAGAAUAUUAGUGGUGUGGAUCCAAGCUUGGGAUCUUUCGCCGGCAUCGCAAUUGAAUGGAACUGUGUCUUGAAGGACAACGAUGUCGUCCCCUUGGUCACAUCCUUUCGGAAUUUCAACGGAACCGCAGUCGUAUUGGAUCUAAAGUUUCCAAAUGGUGCCACAGGCACAAGUUUUGAUGAUCCAAAGGCUUCCAUGACUAAUUUCCCAACAUUUUCGCUGCCGACCAAAUACUCCUAUCUUUCAUGGCACGGAUCCUUUAUUCAGAGCACUAGAGGUUUGUCCGAAGGUCCACAAGGAGGUCCAACUGUCUUCUUCAAGCCAUCAUCAUCAUCGUCGUCGGACGACGAUGAUGGUGAUUCUAUAGAUGCGAUUGUCGGGUCACCUUGGAUCGACUUCAGAACCAUGAAGGCGUUUACGGCAGGAACGAAUAAGGAUUACAAGGGUCAAUCCGCUUGGGCUCCAGGGACCAGCGCUCGGAUUCACGAGUUACCGGCCGGAUAUACCCAGUCGUUCAUUUUGUACGAAGGCACUGGGAUCACUGCGACCAUGUACGAAUGGGGACAGGCUAUGCAACGCUCAUUUGAACCAAAACUAGAGGAUGCCACCUUGACCAAUAUUGGAUACCAGACGGACAAUGGAGCAGCCUAUUGUUUUUGCAAAGAAGCCAACUGUUCCGAGACACUUAUACACGAAAUUGCCGACUUGAAGGCGAACGGAGUUCCCAUGGGUUAUCUUUCCUUUCAAGGAGCUGGAACCUCCAGUGGAAGAGGGCAGGCGGCUCCUUGGUGUGUGGAAACUUGGGGUGUGGACGGUGGUCUCAAUGCAGACCACUAUCCAUUGCCUGUCAAAGACAUGCAAGAGGCCAUCGACAUUCCAGUACAAUUGUAUUGCCCGUACUUUUGUCCUACCACCAAAUACUUUGAUGAUGAUGGGCAGUGGUCGGGUGUGGCUUCGGAUCCAACCUUGCCGGGAUGCAAGGAUUAUGAAUUUCGAGACGUUGCUCCCCAGCAGUCCAAAGAAUUUUACGGAUGGUUCAUGGAUAAGGGCAUCAAGGCAGGAAUGAAAAGUUUUGAGACUGACUUUAUGAAUCAGAAUUACAAUUGCGUUCCUGCCUUUAUCGAAUCGGCGUCUGCGGGCGACACUUGGUUGAGUGGGAUGGCAGAUGCCGCAUGGGAAAGGAAUAUCACGAUUCAAUGGUGUUAUGCUACACCCACAGAUCUCUUGGCAUCUAUUCGGAUGCCUGCUGUGACCCAAUUCCGAGUAUCGUUUGACUUUUGCUAUGGACGCAGCUGGGAUAUUGGGGAAUCAUCAUUGUUAGUGUGGGCAUUGGGAGGAAAACCGAGUAAGGAUACUUUGUGGACCUCUGACAAUGGAAAGCUAGAGACUCCGGGUUGUUCGUGGACAGUGGAUCACGAGGCUCCCGCUGCCGAGCUCCAUCUCGUUCUGGCCUUGAUGAGUACAGGUCCCGUUGGAAUCUCGGAUGCCAUUGGUCACACCAACUUUACCAUGGCACAACGCGCCAUUCGAUCGGAUGGCGUCUUACUGAAACCCAUGAAAGCUAUUACGGCAGUCGAUGAUACCUUUCUCAAAGAACCUGGAUCCAAUUACCUAUACAGCACCUUUGGACUUGGUCCAUCGUGGAUUUAUGUAUCGUUCUUAUCUGAGGAUAGAAUGACAAUCUCAAAACACGACUUUUGGCCUGCUCUGGAACCUGGUAGUGAUUUGGUCUAUCGCCACUUUCAUUCCAGUAGCGCAUGUACUCACAACUCGGACCCUCUUGAAAGCGCUUGCAUUGCUGGACUUGUCGUAUCCCCUACAUUGCUAGUCGGAGAAUCAACGAAUUUCCAAAUUCCAAUGGGUCCAAAGCAGCCGCAGCAAAAGGACCGUUCCCCGUAUGCUCCGGAUAUUACCUACGUCUGGCAAAACUGCAUUGACAGCAAGUGGUUCUUCCUAGGAGAACUGAGCAAGUAUGUCCCACUCUCUCCAUCCCGAUUCCAGAAAGUGACUUGUACGGCUACUGGAUUAUCCACCAUUGUGAUUGGUGCCCCUGGAGAAAGAGUGCAGCUGACGGCACUGGAACCCAAUUAUAAUGGCAAGGAUGACUACAAGAUUGUGAUUGUCCCACUCGUCAUACCAAGCGAGGGUAAAAUUCAAGUGGAUUUUGAAACAGCGGUCACGACUGAAAUCUACUAA